AUGACCGAGCUCUCGCCUCCACUUCGGGGCCUCAAAAAAGUACUCUCCAACCGAAGGCCUUCGUCAGACGUUCCAGGUGAUGAGACCUUUCAAUCACUACGGACCGACUCCAUUGGCUCCCUGAGUAUCGAGAAAUCUCCCACAAGACAGAGCGCGCGUUCUGUUAGUCAAGAUGGCAGCAGCAAAUCUGGAGGCAGUAGCAUGCGUAAGCUGCUGCCUGGACACAGCAAGCGAAAGAGAAGAAAGCUUCGUGAGGAAGAGUUGAAAGCAGCCGUCGAUCAACUUGAGAGGGGUCGUGCUGAUUCCGUUCUGAGCGUCGCAACAACUCCUCCAGAUGCAUUGAGCAGGAGAGCCAGCAGUCUCGCGCCCGAAGGUGACACCACUCUUCUCACAGACGACUCUGAAGUGGAAACACCACCUUUGAUAUCACGGGACUCUCAUGCUGGUUAUCUGACGAUCUCGUCUCCCUUGGUCUCAAAUGCGGCCGCUCGAAGUGAUGACGAGCCCACUCGAAAUCCUUCCCCAACGCGUUCGCUUGGGAACAUACCGGUGCUGGUGGAGCCUGGUCAGACCGCUCCAUCUCCAUCACCUAGAAGCCCACCUGAGCCUGGACCAAAUCCCGCUCCGCUCUCAGCAAACUUGCUUGACCGGGCAGACACACAUGAAUCAGUCCCUGACUCUGACAGUGAUGGCAAAUAUCGUGGCGUCUCACCUGCCAGGCGCUUCAAAGACGUCUUCGGCAAGACUAGCAGGGACGCUACGAACAACUCGGGGAGAGUAUCGACCGACUUAACCAGUGGUACAACCGGUUCAAAGAGCAGCCACAGCCUGGUCACGGACACCAGCACUCUAGCGGAGUCAGGCACUCAACGGACUCCUUCCACGGUCUCAGCCCUUCAGCAUCGGCCCCAAAACAAUUCCAUGCCAAAUCUGGAGAACAUCAUGCGACCAUUGACACCUCCUGCCUCUACCAUCUCCACACCGGUAACUACGGUCACGCCGCCUACUCCCACCGACACGCGGUUUGAUGUUAGACAAGACGCUCCACAGCCAGACAAACCGGUCUCUAAACCCAAAGAUGAGGCAUCUGGCAUCGUGGUCAGCCCUUCAGGAAACAUGAUAUCUCAUCGCCGAAUCCGGUCCACCUCGUCUAUAACACACCAGCCAAGUAAACUAUCCACAUCCAUGACUGCGCCCUUGACCCCAACGAUGGAGGAGGGCAAGUCAUCACCUGGCAGCGCAACUGGGAACAGAAUACCAAGUGGAGGCUUAUUCUCCUCUUGGGUGUCUGCGGCUCAAACGGCAGCAACCACCAUUACCAGCCUGACUGGCCAGAAUCGGGCUCGGUCAGGUACUAACGCUUCUGAACCUUCGAUCAAAUCAAAGCCUGCCGAGCAAGCCAUCAAGGAGGAAGAUGAAGAUGAAGAUAAAGGGGAAGUCCCAGAACCAGAAGCUCCGCGCAAACAAUUAGCCAUCGAGACCAUGGGCACGGGAGAUCUCAAUUUUGAGCACCUGGGCUUAGAGACUGCCGACAACAAUGUACCCAGUACCAGACCUGGACUGACGGAACUGCGAAAGGACUCGACAUUGCAACGAGAUGAGGCAUCUGCCAAGGUGGAGGAUUUGCUUGCAAAGCGGGCUGUUUCAGCCGCCUACGAAACCCUGUCCGAGAGUGCAAGCACUGUUCCAGAAAUUACCGACCCCGUGGGUAUGGGGAGGUCUUCGCAGCCAUUUCCGGGCAUCCUCACCGAUGAAAGGAUACCUCGCAAUGGCAGUGUUGGCGAAAGUGACGGCACCACGAUCAAAAGGAGCAAUAGUGUUCGCAGCAAACUUGGGAAAAGACGGUCCCGCGGCUCUUCGGUAGCAACAGGGCAAUCCGCCAUUGGCGCCAUUAUAGGUGCAAGUGCCGCAGCGUUGGCCAAUCCAGCCAAAGCGCCCCGUCUGCCAGGUUUUACGCUGGCGCCCAAGCCGCGGAAUCGCAGCUUCCACCAACAAUUCCGCAGCGUACCAGAGGACGACAAUCUCAUCGAAGACUACAGCUGCGCUCUGCAAAAAGAGAUCUUACUGGCAGGGCGACUCUACAUCUCAGAAGGGCAUAUCUGCUUCUUCAGCAACAUCCUUGGCUGGGUGACCACCGUGGUGAUCUCUUUCGAAGAAGUGGUCAGCAUAGAGCGCGAGAACACGGCAGUGGUGUUUCAGAAUGCCAUCGCCGUCCAAACACUUCACGCUCGUCACACCUUUCGGAGUCUGAUAUACCGUGAACAGACUUAUGAUCUUCUCAUUGGAAUAUGGCGAGUUAGUCAUCCAGCGAGUUUCCAGAAGAGCGUGAACGGCAAACAGCUGGCUGCUGAAGAGGCUGCUGGCGCCGCAGCGCCCAUCGCCGACAAUGCUGCCAGCGAGCAACCCAGCGAUGGGAGCACGACCGACGAGACAGACUCGGAAGGAGACGACGAUAGCGCGGCCAGUUUCCUAGACAGCAGCGCCAGUCAUGCCGGCAGUGAGGACGCAGAUGGGAAGAUGGUGUCAAGGAAGCCUUUGGGCAUGAAUGCAAGUGCUGUAGCACAAACUGCCGGUAUGUUAGCAGGUACUGCCAGUGACGUCCCACCUGGUCUUGCUGCUCAGGCAGGAGUUCCGGAGGCAGCCAAGGAUUACCCAGGACCUGCGACUCACCCCCCAACUGAGUGUACGGACAGCGCUACGCAUUACGACAAGAUCCUGAAAGAUGAAGUUAUCCCUGCUCCGCUGGGCAAGAUCUACUCUUUGUUAUAUGGUCCCGAAUCAGGCUUUUUUGUCCGAAAAUUUCUAGCAGACGAUGGCAAGUGCACGGAUAUUGUACUCGAUGAUGACAAAAAGGGACUGAGUAACGACAUCAAAAGCAGACAGUACACAUACAUCAAGCCGCUAGGAGGAAGUAUUGGACCGAAAUCAACCAAGUGUAUUACAACUGAAAACCUGGAUUUCUUCGAUCUCGAGAAAGCCGUCAGUGUCACAUGCACCACGUUGACGCCGGAUGUGCCCAGCGGCAAUGCUUUCAGCACCAAGACUCGAUAUUGUCUGACAUGGGCCCCGGGCAACUCAACCAGAUUCCAGGUGAAUUGCACAAUCGAGUGGACGGCGAAAUCUUGGCUGAAAGGGCCCAUCGAGAAGGGUGCAAAUGAUGGGCAACAGCAGUACGGUGAUAGUCUGGUCCGGAUCCUCAAAAGUGCUGUCAUGGGUCGCGCUAGAGGGACGACCAAUGCCAGCAAAUUAUCAAAGCCGGUGAAGAAGAAGCGCAAGAGCGAUAAGAAGUCCAAAGAGGUCGAGGUCGGGCAAGACAAGAAGAAGGCUGAAGACUGGGGUGCUUGGGACUUUUUGAGAGGCCCGUUGCAGCCGGCGAUUUCAAUUCUACGGCCGGUGAUGAAGAUGGAGGUUCUUGUGGCGAUCUUGUCGGUCACGGUCUUGAUGAUGUUGAUGCGGCGUGAACCGCCAGGAAGAGCGGUCAUGAGCCCACGUGCAGGUCUGUCGCAUGUGGAGCGACUCGCAGCUUACGACACUCUCUGGGCAAGAGAGCAAGACGAGUUCUGGGACUGGCUUGAAGCUCGUGCCGGCGUGGACACAGUGUUACUACGGGGCCAGUCCGCCUCACAGCAGUCGACAGUCAAUGAGGGAACUGCUGACCCUAUCACGCAGAGGAAGAAGCAGCGCCAGCGGGGGAAGGUCUUGAAGGGGGCCAAGAAGGAUGUCGAAACCAAGAUACGAGAAGAGAAGAUCAGCCACCGCGAAAUGGAAGACGCCAUCAAGAUCACGCGUGAGAGACUGCAGGUGUUGGAGGAUGUCAUGGGGAAGGAGAAGAAGAGGCAGAGCUAG